AUGGGCGAGUUAGCUUGGCUGCACCAGUCACUGGGGCUGCUCGGUGCUGGCGAGCGGGCAGCGAACCCAGGGUCGCUAGCAACCACAAGCGAACGGUUGCGCGUUUUCCAACCGGCAAAACAAAGUUUAGGGGCCGAGUUUACGAUAAGCAAGAAUGCCGCCACACGAAACGGCUUUCUCUGUUCGUUUUUAGGAGGUAUACGCACGUGGCGCUUUUGCGAAAACGCGCUGCCUUGUCGAUGGCGAUUGACGCUCAAGUCCGAGCAUCGACGCAAAGACCUGCUGAGUGUAUUUGCAUUCCGUGAGCCUUAUUUCGUACGAAAAUUGAACGAGCAGGCGCCGAAACGCACUGUGCACAAAAGGAUCAAGCUUCAAACUAAGUUGCUCUCUGGGGAAAAAUUUUCUGAAACAGAUAGCUAUGCUCGCAAAAGGCGCGCGAUGGUGACCAUACAGCGUCAUGGUUGCGCAAAGAAGGCAAGGACUGCUGCAUGCUGCCGAGCGGUAUCUAUCCCUAGUGGUGACCCGUUCCCGGGAGAGACUCGAGCGUCGACGGCGAGCAUGCUCUACACCAAUGCACGAGUCGAAGCUCAACGGGCAACAAUAGCCAUGAUCGUGACGAAUCCCUCUGGUGCUUCAGUAUCGCCGUCGAACAGGAAAGCCCUCGCCAACAUCAUUCCGCUACUCUUCUUCUUGAUUAUCUCAGCAGCGCUCCUCGUCGUGGCCAGUGCGAAUGUAAGCCUGUUCCACGAGGCGAGUCAGAAGUUUUUGAGCAUCGCAUCACAGGCGUUACGCUAUUUCGCGAACGCUGGAACUCGAGUCGCUCGUGAAUUCAGGGCACAGGUCGGAACGCUAUCUCGAAACCUUGUCAAAUCUGGAACCUUUGCCGGCGAUCGCGUGCGUCACGUCAGGGGCACGCAACCAGAGUUAUCUUCACGAACGCAGAGCGCUUUCUGGACUAGAGAUCCGUCCAGCGAGGCUGAGCCGCAGCAUACAGCAGCGCUCGUGAUUCGCGUUUUCGGCAACUUGUUGUUGCUUUUGCGCUUGCAGCUCUUGUAUCUAGCUGCGCGCGCAAACGCGUUCAUGGGCUACAGCCGCGAGCAGGCAAACAAGACUCUGAAGAUGACAAGCGCACAGCUCGAAACAGCACUGCGGCGUAUCCACACCGAGCACGCCUCGGAGACAGCUGCCGUGGCAAGUGGUGUAGCGACGGCUUGGGCUCAGUUCCAGCGACGUUUGGCGGCGCUCGGGCGUCCCGAUGACGAGGUGAUCACUGAAGACCCCCAACUGUCCUGGGAAACAUAUCAAGAAGAGUUUGAGCGGAAGCUGGAGGAGAUAUGCAAGCGUAACUUUAGUGAGUUCGAACAGAAGCUGAAAAGCGAGAGGCUCGACAUUGAAGCCAUUCUGUGCAAAUAUGCGUCCCUAUCGAAACUGACGGAGCAACCCACGGAAGAGGCAGAGCGCGCCAUGCGACUGGCCACUCCUGAACAACGUCGCGCCUUUAUGGAAGCAGCAGUCGAGGACCUUGCUUCAGCGAGAAAGGCGCUGGCGCCCUUCCUAGAAGGAAUCUUGGAUCCGUCGAACCCAGAUGCGGAAUUCUCAAUUCGAGAAGCAGAAAAGCGUGGGAUAACAAGUCUACGUGGGCGCCCUCUCGACGAAAACUUGCGCCGCGAACUCUCCCAGCUUUUCACUGGUGGCUACGAUUGGGACGGUGAGCUCUACACCGCCGAAACCGAGGGUGCGAAGCUCUGGAAGGCGGCUGUUGAGCGACUCAAGAAACGCGAGGAUGUCGUGUUUCGUUUACAACAAAGCAUUCAAGACAUGCGCGCAGCAAGCACAACGCAAGUGCCCAUCGACGCUAACACCAGAGACUGGUCGGCAAGCGCUCGGUCCAUAUCCGACACAAAACCUCCGGUGCUUGAAAACGACAAGACAACAGGCACGAUUGCUCCAAAGCCACUGGCCGAUGAACUGAAACUCAUUCGGGAGCAGCUUAGUGUCAUGAGCGACGAGGAGCUCGUGACCUGGAUCCGUACGAACGUACGGGAUGUUGUCCGUUCCGGUCUGGCGGAGAAAGUUCUCGGUCGCUUGGCACUUGCUGUCAUCGCGGCCUACAUCUUCGUGAACCUGGUUAUCAAGAAUGACAUCGUUCAGCAGCUGGAACUGGUCCGUCCCUAUGCUGAACGCAUUGUGCGUUUCUUUAUACUCUAA